AUGACACGCGAUAUUGAUGAUGAUAGUGAGGAUAAUCGCACGUUGACCACUGCAGAGCAUCGUUAUGAUCCCUCCAUUUUCUCUCCCUCUCCUUCAUUUGGUCGUGGUGGUGAUCUUGAGGACACUGAUUAUGAUGAUGAUAAAGUUCUUGGUUUCGGUUCCGACAGUGGUGUUGCUAGGCCUGCAUCUACUCGACCACUUCCCAGAAAAGGGGUGGCUCACAAGGUUCAAUCCAAGCGUCCUGCUCGGAACGAUAACGAUCGAGGCGAUCAAAAUCCGAUACCUUGUUAUCAAUGUGUCGUCAUGAGGACUAUGGAAAGUGUUUUAAGAGGAUCUCGUCUUCUUCGUCUCGGUGCUGGAAGUAAGAUCACUCUCAACAAAAAGAAAACACGCAUUGCAAUGUCAGUUAUGAUGGCUUUGGAGGAAGAAAACAUGGAUUGCGUUGAUCUUGACCCUCUCCCAUCACCAACAUACCGUCCCUCUCGUCAAUUAGCUCGUUCGUUUGUCCCACCUCCCUCCCUGACUAGAAAACGGAAAGCCUCCCCUCCCAAACCUCCUGUCGCAAAGCGUACGAAAACUACUCCUUCUGGUUGUGGUUCCCAGUCCCAAGUGACCAAGGAGACCAAGAGGACCAAAAGCACAAAGGAUUCGAAGAAAUCGAAGGAUGGAGAUAAGAAUGUUUCCUCUAAGGUGGUGGACCUUGACAGCUCCAUCGAUAAUAGUGAUGAUAACGAUGAUGUUGAGGACCUCGAGGAUAGGCUCUUGAUAAUGCAGCUCGAGUUUGAACUCAAGAAGAAGAAGCGCGCUCGCGCUCUUGCUGCUCGGCGUAGAUAG